GGCCGCGAGAGCAGGGCGAUGUCGGCCCAUCUGCAGUGGAUGAUCGUUUGCAACUGCUCCAGCUUCCUGCUCAAGCGGAACAAACAGACCUACAGCACCGAGCCAAACAACCUGAAGGCCCGAAACUCCUUUCGCUGCAACGGGCUGAUCCAUCGCAAGAUGGUUGGCGUGGAGCCCACGGCCGACGGGAAGGGGAUUGUGGUGGUGCUGAAGAAAUGGGCAGGCCAGCGCAAGCCAGCCACGUCCUAUGAGAAGACAACCAUUAACAAGAACGCCCGGGCUACGCUCAACAGCCUGCGCCACAUCAUCCGCAAGAACAACUACCGCAAGGAUCUGCGCAUGGCUGCCCUGCGCCGCGCCAGCGCCAUCCUGCGGAGCCAGAAGCCGGUGGUGGUGAAGAAGAAGAGAACCCGGGCUACCAAGAUUGAGUGAAUGGCUAGCACGUCCCAAUAAAGGGUUCAAACUAA